AUAGAUGUCACUUGAGUAGAACAUAUUUUUGAUGACAUUUAUAGGAACAUUGUCAGCAAUUGAAAGUCUUAGUUUGCUUUACAACUAAAUUUAUAAAAAAGAAAUUGAAAAAAAUGAGCAGUCUUUGGAUGGGGAAUCUGGAAUGUACAUAUAUGACGGAAAAUUUCGUUAUUAGUGCAUUUCACAAAAUGGGAGAACAGCCACAAUCUGUGCGUCUUAUGCGAAAUAAAUAUACAGGAGAACCAGCUGGAUAUUGUUUUGUGAAUUUUAUCUCUGAUGAACAAGCAAUUGAUGCCAUGCAUAAGCUGAACGGAAAACCAAUACCAGGAACCAACCCAGUCGUCAGAUUUCGUCUAAAUGCUGCAAGCAGUAAUUCGAAUAAACUUUUGGCAAAUGAACGUGAAUUUUCAGUCUGGGUUGGUGAUCUUUCUCCUGAAGUUGACGACUACAACUUGUACCGUGUUUUUUCUAAUAAAUACUCUUCGAUCAAAACGGCCAAAGUGAUUUUGGAUUCAUCUGGUUUUUCGAAAGGAUAUGGAUUCGUAAGAUUUGGCAUAGAAGAAGAACAAAAGUCAGCUUUAUAUGAAAUGAAUGGUUAUAUUGGUCUCGGAUCAAAGCCUCUAAAAAUAUGCAAUGCUGUUCCCAAACCAAAAAACACAACGAAUGCUGUGACCAAUUCAACAGAUUCAGCAACAAUAUCGAACUUAACUGCAACGAAUUCCAUUGCAGAUUUUUCUCAAUAUUAUGAUCCAACAACGUAUUGGCAAAACAAUUCAUUGUACGGACAACAAACAUCACAAUGGUAUGAUCCUUCAACUGCAGCCGCCUAUUAUCAGCAACAAGCUGCAGCUCACAUUCAACAAGAGAAUGCAACAAUACAACAACAAAACGAUCCGAAUUUAAUGACUCAAAUUUACAACCAGCAAAAUGAAGAUUUAACGUUAAUUGACCACAAAAUUCCGAUUGAUAUAGAUCAGAUGAAUCGAGAAAGCAUCGAACGGGAUCGAAAUUUUUACGAUGCACUUGAAAGUUCAAAAUGGAUGCCCAUUGAGCAACUAGAAUUAUUUUAAAUUUCCCCACAAAUAGUAAGUCUUCAACAUCGAAUAAAUUUUUUUCAAUACUUCAUAAAAAUCACAACGCAACAACCUAACAAUACGAGUCCCUUACAAACUUUUUUAUUAUCAUAAGAUUCAUUUUUGUAAUCACGCCACCAGAUGAUAUAAAUAAAACUGUGAAUAUCUCAUUCUAUACAAUAAAAA